UACUGUGAGAGAGCUGUGAUUGGUCACAGCUUGUCACAUGGUACAAGGCUGUUGUGAAUAGCUUUGUACCAUGUGAGCUCUGUGAUCAUUCACAGAUUUCACAGGUAGAAAGCAAUGAUGUCAGGAAGUGACAUCUUUUUUACUACUAUUCAUAUGAUCACUGAUUGGCCAAUCAGUGCGCCAUUCGCAGCCACGGCUGUCAAUCACCGGGUCCCGGACGGUAAUUACUCGUUGGCACCCGGUGAUCGCUGAGUGACAGGGGUGGAGAACUGUAUGUAAACAAUACAAUAUCUCCCCUGUCAGCUCCUGCACACUGCUUUGUA